AUGGCGGAACCAAUCGAACCACCCAUCACCUUAUCCACGCAAGCAUCCGCAGAUUUGGAAGCGUACAAUUCUGCCAAAGUAUCGCUCGCCGAAUAUUGUGCAAAAGGAACCGCUGAAUAUGCACAAAAGCGUUACGACGAUGCCGUAGAUCACUAUGCGCAAGCCGCCGAAUUGCAGGCUGAAAUCAACGGAGAAAUGUCCCCAGAGAAUGCAGAGAUUCUGUUCUUGUAUGGAAGAGCCCUUUUCAAGGUUGCGCAGCAACAAAGUGAUGUAUUAGGUGGUAGAGCUGGAGGUGAGAAACAAAAGCCUAAGAAGAAGAAUGGCGCAAAGAAAGUAGAUGUCAUUGCAGAAGAGGAUGAGACCGUUAAGACGGAAGAUGAGAAAAAGGAUGAGGUUGGAAAGACAGAAGCAGAAGGGAAGGCAGACAAAGUAGCCGAGGAAGAGGUUGCGAUAAUUGCAAAUGGAGGCGCUACCAAGAAAGAGGAGAGCUCUAGCACAAAUCCAAACAAGCCUCUAUUUACAUUCACGGGAGACGAGAAUUUUGAAGAUUCAGAUGAGGAGGAAGAGGAAGCAGAGGAAGAAGAUGAAGAGGAUGAUCCCCUCAAUAUUGCUUUCGACAUCCUGGAUUUGACCCGUGUAUUAUUCGAGAAGAGGUUGCAGGCGGAUGAGGGAGAGGGCAAGGGAAAAGAAACUGGUGAUAAUCCUAUGACUACCCAUAUCAAAGAGAGGCUUGCGGAUACACGUGAUCUUUUGGGAGAGAUCUCUCUUGAGAAUGAAAGAUUUCCAGCUGCAGUAGCAGAUUUCAAGGAAUCCCUCGCCUUGAAACAAAGUCUUUUCCCAGAAGAAGAUGAACAAAUUGCCGAAGCGCAUUAUAAAUUAUCCCUCGCUCUCGAAUUUGCAUCAAUUACACAAACUGAAACCGACGAUAAGAAGCCCAACGCAGGAGCCGAAAAUGUUGACGAGGAAAUGAGAGCAGAAGCUGUCAAGGAAUUGGAACUAGCAAUUAAGAGUACAAAACUCAAGCUACACAACCAAGAAGUUGAAUUGGCAGAGUCGGCCGUAUCAGAAGAUAAUGAUGUUACAAGACACAGAAUCGCCGAUGUUAAAAGUAUCGUUGCGGAUAUGGAGCUUCGUCUCAAAGAACUCCGCGCUCCACCUGUGGACAUCAAUCAGGCUUUGGCUUCAGCCCUCGCUCCAGCUGGCGCAACCCAAUCCAAUGCUAUGAGUGGCAUUCUAGGAAGCGUCCUCGGAGAAUCUGCAUCUGAUACCGCUGCACGUGUUGAAGAAGCCAAAAAGACAGCUACGGAUCUAACAGGUUUAGUUAGACAUAAGAAAAAGGAAACUAAGGAUUUACCAAUACAAUCAGGUUCAAAGAGAAAGGCAGAAGAAGACCCAGAAGUUGAAGGCGAAAGUAGUGAUGGAGGAAAAGAGAAGAAGGCUAAGGUCGCUAGUGUGGAGGAAACUGCUGAGAAGACUGCUUAG